AUGUUGAGGUAUAAAGCAAUAACCGGUCUCAUUAAACCAACGAGUCGACUCGGUAUAUUUAAAAUACCAAUCUCGACCUUUAGUCAAACUACAAACACACAAGAUCAAACACCAAUUCUACAAAGAUUCCAAAACGUGUCCAAAAAGGACAAAAUUAGUGUUAUUGUAAGCAAACUCGUUGACCUUGAGAACACAAAAGAAGCGGUCUACGGUACCCUCGACGCGUGGGUUGCGGAGGAACACGAGUUCCCAAUCGGCCGAGUCAAAACCGCAUUGUUGACUCUCGAAAAAAAGGAAAAAUGGCAUAAAGUUGUGCAAGUUAUAAAAUGGAUGUUAAGUAAAGGACAUGGGACAACAAUUGGGACAUAUGGACAAUUAAUAAGGGCAUUAGAUAUGGAUAAUAGAGUAGAAGAGGCAAAGAGGUUAUGGGGUAGGAAACUUGGUAGGAAUGUGGAAUUGGUGCCUUGGAAAGUAUGUGAAAUUAUGGUAUCGGUGUAUUAUCGAAAUGAGAUGUGGAAAGAGGUUGUUAAGCUUUUUGAGGAGCUUGAAGGGUAUAAUCGGAAAUGUACGGAUAAAGUUAUAGUGGAAAGGGUGGCGGAGUCGUAUGAGAAGUUAGGUUUAGUUGAAGAGAAGGAGGGGGUUUUGGUUAAAUAUAAGAGUUUGUUUAGCAAGAGUAGGGGCAAAUAUGGAAGGAAAUCAAGUAAGGAGUUAUCGAAAAUUGACUUAAGUCAAUGA